CAGACCUAUGGCUCAUGUCCACAGAUUGUUCGACACAAACAUGCACAUCUGUACCGCGCUACCCUCUCAAUUAUAAUAGUCCGACCUUUGCUUCUGUCAACAACAAUGCUACUCUAUUCAACUUGAGCUACUCUGAUACCACCGCUGCAUCUGGAUUUGUUGCAAGAGAAUCGAUAUAUUUUGCAAACGUGACGGCUCACGAUCAGGCAUUUGGUGUGGUGACAAAUUCCAAUGUCACUAUGGACGAUCAGAUCAGUGGUGUUCUCGGACUUGGUUUCCCGCGGUUAUCUGAGAUAUAUUAUUCUACGUCGAAUGCCACGCCUUUCUUGUCAACCCUAGCAGAACAUGGAAUACUCGAUUACCCAGUUUUCGGACUGAGCCUUACUAGGAAUUCAUCUGGUACUCUUGCUGUUGGUGCUAUUGAUGCUUCAAUCGUCCAAAAUGUCAGCAACAUUUUCUGGAGCGAAGUAG